AUGAAUAUCGCUCGUCGUAUUGGAGCAUUCGAGAAUGGAGAAUUUUUUAGAUUGAAACGUUCACCAGCAAUGAUGCUGGCAAAUGGAACACGUAAACAUCAACAACAAACACUUGAAUCGAUGAGUGCUGCUACUGCUACUGCUAUCGACUCGGCUACAACCACUAGCAGUGCUACUGCUCCUGUUACUGCCCCUACUUCUGUUUCUGCUCCUUGCACUAGUGCCAGCGGUCAUCUAUCGUCACUUCUCACAUCCUCAACAACAUCGUCUUCUUCUGCCAAAGAGGCGUCAAGAUUGGAGUAUAGAUCUUAUGUGCAGUGGUUCGCUUGUGCUGUAUUUUUUUUAAAUCGCACAAGAUCCCAUGGAUUCAUAGUAGCGCUCUUCGAAUGGAUGCUACAAUAG